CAAUAUGGCGGACGCACGAACUAUUAAAUAUCACACAUUUUUACUGAUUUUAGCCCAAAAUCACUGCCUAUCCGAUCAACAUUGACAAUGAAACGAGGGUACAACGAAAUAUAUCAACCUUCUGUGCGCCCUCGCGUUCCUGUAGGACACAGAAACGCUUCUUUUCCGCGAAGUCAGUUUCGAUAUGAUCGAAGCGAAAGUGUCAACAAAGCAAUAAUACGUAACAAUUCGCAAUUAUCAUUUGGCACGGAUCAAAUUAAUCCCGAAAGUCAGUCAUUUGAGGCCCGCGGAGGCCAGUAUCGGCCACAUUUAGGCGGUCGGAACCACCAUCAAGGCUUUCUGCCUUCAGCAAUGAGCCGUUUUGCGUUUGGCGCCCGGCAAAUCAGGCCAAUUGCUUCGUAUCCAAUGUUUUUCCAAUCUGGUUUUCGAAGUGCAUUUAAUCAUUACCCAAGAUCCACUCCUCAGGGAAUUCCGAGUAAUACGCUGCAAUUCCAGGAAGCGCAACGACAUUGGAAUGCAAGAUUCACGCAAAGUCAAAAUGGUAUGCGUACAAACAACUCCUCGCUCAGGACGAGAGAGAGAGGCCAGUCAGGCCACAGAGACGAGAGAGGGAAGGCCUUUUCGCAUAGAAACAAAUUCUCCAUGCGUCGCGAAUGGCAAGCCUUAAUACCCGAGGCUGGGCAAUGCCGUCCGGAUGAGUUCAGUUUUUCCAUCGUGACCUAUAAUAUCCUUUCCGAUUCUCUCUUGUACGAAAACAUGUUUCUUUACGAGGAAUGUUAUCAUGAAGAUUUAGGUUGGGAAUUCCGCAAGGAAAAAUUGCUGUCAGAGCUGCUUGGUUAUGAUGCAGAAAUUUUGUGUUUACAAGAAGUCGACGCUUGUCAUUACGAAAAUUGGUUUCGGCCUAAACUGCACGAAGCAGGUUAUACGGGAUUGUUCGUCCAGAGGACCGGGGGAAAGCCUGAUGGAUGUGCGAUAUUCUUUCGAAACGCGAAGUUCUCUUUGGUAAAGUAUAAACUGGUCGAAUACAACACACCUAAAGUGUCCGUUUUGGAUAAAGACAACGUGGGCAUUGUUUUACUCUUGAAAGCCAACACUUCCAGAACGGAGAAUUCGUUCCUUUGCAUCGCAAACACGCAUUUACUUUUCAACAAAAAACGAGGCGACAUAAAACUCGCACAGCUUGCGUAUCUUUUUGCCGAGAUAAACGAGCUUGCCGUAUUGUCGAAAAACGGGAAAGCAAAAACGAGCUGCCCGAUCAUACUAUGUGGGGAUAUGAACAGUAUGCCCUACAGUCCGCUUUAUCAUUUCCUGAUCUCGGGACAACUGGAGUACUCUGCCAGAAGCCCGGCGGUCAUAUCUGGACAGCUCGGGUCAUCCGAGGCCAGGAGUGGGCCGAGCUCGAAGCGCAUACGAACGCCAUUGCUCCCGUGGGAGUUUGGCGUAACCGCGGGCUGCCAAUGGCGGGAAAAACAAAGAGAGAAAUCCGAGGACAGGUGCGCAUGUGCCAGAGACAGGGAGACGUCGGUAAGCGAAUCGGAGGUUUUUGACUUGCGAACAAACACUCAUUCAUCUCGCCAUAAAACGGCCGAAUCAAACAGCCUCGAUUUCAACGAUUUCAACCCCCAGACUAAUAAUUCAGAGAGGCAGCACCACGACACUCCAGUGUCUACCACAUCCUCCGGAGACAAAGGCUGUGAGAGUGAGAAAUUAAAAUACAACAAAAACGGGAGCCUUUCGAUUCCCUGGCAGUUCACAAGUGUUUACAUGCAUCGGUUUCCUGACGGGACGCCCGAGGUUACAACAUGUCAUUCGAAAGCUUGCUGUAAUGUUGAUUAUAUAUUCUACACGGCUACAGGGGGGAGAGGAGCGCAAACUACGGAACACAAGAAACACGUGCAAAAGGGAGAACUCACUUUGCUGGGAAGACUGAGGCUCAUGAAGAAAUCGGACUUUGAUACGAUGAGAUUGCUGCCAAAUCGUAUUUUUCCAUCCGAUCAUUUGUCACUCAUGGCGCGGUUUAAGCUGACUUGAGUCCGGUGUUGUAAAAAUAAAGAAAAAAUAUAUCUUCUUUUUCUGCCCUCAGCAAUGUCUGUAAUUAUUUUUUCAAAAUAUCUAGGUCACCGAUCAUCUAUUGUCGGUUAUAAAGGCGCU